CAAAGCCACCACAUGGUAGUUUGAAUAUAACGUGUUGUCAUUCAGAAGUUGUCGUACUUGAUUCGUUCAGUUAUAAUCGUUAUAAACGUUUUCGUUUUCGCGCAGUUUAUCGUCCUUCUUCGGAAUUCUUAUCGCUAGGAGUCUCUGUUGAUAAGCAACUAUCGGACAAUAUCUUAUCCGUUAUUCACUCUACUUUAUAUCAAAAAAUAAUUACUAAACUUUUGGUUCUUUUUAUUAAAACGGUUGAUUUGGUUUCUGGUUCCGAUCUAAAAGUGUCCUAUAGUGUUGAACGAUUCGCAGAACCUUUUCCGGUUACCUUAUCAGCAACUGACGAUAUGUCAUCAAAGUCAAGACAAAAGCAACCUGCGUUCAAGGGAAUUUCCGCUUCCGAUGAGAUGAAAUAUAAGAGGAAAUACAGAGAGCUUAAGAAGAAGAUCCGUGAAAUGGAAGAGGAAAAUGAAAAAUUGACUCUCAAAUUGACUAAAGCAAAAAAGAAUAUACAACGAUUGAAGAUAGAACGAAGUUUUCUGUUUGAUCGGUUAGAGCAGUCACAACCCACGAAUGAGUCUGAAUCAGAGCCAUCAUCUUCGCCACAAAGAGUGAUAGAUUCUGAGGAGGAAUUAUCUUCGGUGGGUAGUGAUGAUAAUGAUGAUAAUGCUAAAUUUGGCGCGUUCAAAGAGGGAUCAGAGCUCUUGCGACAAUUUAUUGACAAAAAAGGGAAAUUCCAGGAAGAGUUACUCGAAGACCAACGUGCAGGCAAACGUAGAAGACAAAAUAGGGACCCUAACGCGCCUAAACGACCAAGAAAUGCUUUCUUAAUGUAUUGUCAAAUGCAACGUGAACAAGCGAGAGAGGAAAAUCAAAACAAAGGGUUUCAAGACGUUACUCGAAUCUUGAGCCAACGAUGGAAAGAACUACCACUGGAGGAAAAAGGGAAAUACUAUGACAUGUACAAGCAAGAGAGACAACGCUAUGAAAAGGAAAUGUCUACAUAUGUUGGCGGGAUAAAUUCGGACUAUGGUGAUGAACUGGAUUCUGUAAGUGAGGAAAUGGUCGAUGAAUUGGCAGCAGAUAGAGAUGCAAACGGCUGGCUCGGCACAGCUCACGAAUUAAGUUAG